AUGAACGCUUUCCCCAGAUUUCGCAAGGAUGCGCCCCCGACGAAACGGGAUGACAACACAAACGACCAGGAAGUUAACCUUGACUCUGGCCAUGUGGACUAUAACGGCUUCCCUCCUCUCAGCAGGACCUAUUGCGACGCCGGGGUUUGGCCAGCUGGGGAGGUUCUAAGCAACAUAAAUUCGGAGCGAAAUUACACGUAUCGCAUACCUCGUGUCAAGCGCUUCCACCAAGAUUAUUCUCUUCCGACAACACACGCCUAUGAAAACUUGAAAGAAAUUGCCGAUAUGGACCGCAAGGCCCGACCGAUAUUGACAAUUCGGAAUGCGACUCCCAGUGAUGGAACGCUUAGCAAAAGCAGCACAGGUGGUGGAGAAAUCCCAUGUGGAGGCAUCAGUCCUUACGAGCACCAGGGGAUUAACAAUGCCCAGGACGGAAGCCUCUUGAUGGUUCAGCCAGUCAUCUUUGGCCGCAGGAGCAUUGACAUCCAUCGAGCCGAGUUUUCUGCAUUUCUUACUGGUCGAUCAAAUAUGGAUACCAACAUUCGUUCUUCUUCUUGCCCAUCUUGCCAUGGUAAAAGUAGGGCCGAUAUCAUCAAGAACCCGGAUAUCUACGUGGACACACCUGCUAGGCCAAUAACUACAAUGGAGGAUCCCUGCGACCGGCCAGCGGAGGACACGGGAGUAGAAGUACCACUGGCUCAUCAAAAGGUCAAUAGUGGGGAUUAUGCAGAUGUCUUUGGGACGUUUGGGUCGCGCGAUGGGUUCAGCGCCCCUGAAUUUUGCCGGCCUCGUGCAAACAAUAUUACUACACGUCCUCGUCUUGAGGAUAUAUUUCCCACAACCAGCGGUCACCGCUUAACAUGGGCAGCGGAUGCUGUGGUGGAUCAAGGGCCAGCGUCGUCUUUACCCUCUGAAACGGGGCAUCUUAACAUCCCUCCUUCGAGUAAAACCUCGAACUCGUUAAAUGGCCGGAUGUCUUUAAUAUCUCCAGACCAUACGCCGCCACAAAGGAAGGGGAAAAACAAUAAUCACAAUCCUGGAAGCGAUCCUCUAAUUGAGACUCCAGUCAUCAAGUCUCACCGCCUAUCCUGGGCUGCCAACACAACAACCAAAGACUGCCCUGUUCCUACCAUUAUUGUCGAAAAGCCGUCAUCCUCUAGCGAUGCUGACAUAAAUUCUACCACCACUGGCCGAUAUCUAUUCAAGCUGGGAUCGUUGAAAAUUGGCAGCGGGUUUGCGCCUAAUGCCCGUGCCAAGAGUCCUUAUCCCCGGGACUUGAACAAUGCCUCUCCUAAUGGCUGUCCGUCAGGUGUUACUGAAGAAACCACUCCGAGGUCUAAAUGGGCGACGUUCAGUAAGAAUUCUCGUCGGGCUUAUCCAUACCUCAUGAAGGCUAGAUCUUCCAUCUCCCUACAUCGCGCUUGUGCAUCCCCGGCGUCCACAGAAGGCCUUCGUCCAUCCCCCGUGGUGGCGGUAGAUCCGAUAGAGAUCAGUGUUGAGAGUUUUUGUGGGAGAUCAAGACGCAACCCUGUGACCUCCCUCAGCAUGGUCGAUGAGUUCAGGAGAAAAAACGACUUACUGGCCAUGGAGACAGGAUAUCGUAUUCCGGAAAGAGUGGGAAGUCCGACAAGGUCUGCGAAGAUUGAGCUUUAUGGCGACGAAUUUUAUGAUGGAAAUUUUAUCGGUCGGGCUAAGAAGCGAUUGAGUAAGUUGUUCAGGGUCGGCGGAAGCACCGACUAG